AUGCGGUGGAUGCGAGUGCAUCAAAAGAAGUACUUGGAGGCCUUGGCUGCAAACUUUGGGAACAGUGAAGGUCAUGUGGCUACUCCUCUUCCCUCAGGGUUCAAGUGUGUGAAAGGACCAGCGGAGGAAAGUGUUGGUGAAGAGGAGAGGCGCCGUUUUCACUCCUUGGUGGGCAGCCUCAUGUAUGCGGCCGUUCACACAAGGCCGGAUGCAGCCUUUGCUACCGGGCAGCUGGCUAGGGUUGUCCAAUGCCCCAAUGAGGAGCAGGCAGCUGCUGGAGAGAGGGUGGCCAAGUACCUUGGCCAAACAGCAACUGUUGGACUGCAAUACUCCGCGGCGGCACAAAGGCGUCAAAAGGGUGCGGAUGGAGUCGAACCCGGGAGGCUCUUUCUCACCGCCUUCUCUGAUGCAUCUUGGGCAUCAGAACCAGAGGACAUGACAAGUGUGGAAGGCUUCAUCUGCUGUGUUGGUGGAGGGCCAACAGCUUGGGAGAGCAAGAAACAAGUGGACCAAGCAUUGAGCUCGGUGGAGUCCGAGUACAUGGCACUCUUCCGUGCCAUAAGAGAGGUUGUGUGGCAGCGGCGUUUGCUAGCUGAAUUGGGGGAGGAGCAGCAAGGACCUACCCCACUCUACUGUGAUAGCCAGGGUGCUAUUGCAUUGGCUAAGAACCCCGUUCUUCAUGGCCUUACGAAGCACAUGAAGGUGAAGUGGCAUUGGGUGAGGAGCAUGGUAACCGCGGGUGAAGUGGAGUUGCACUACGUGAAGACGACGGCACAGCCAGCUGAUAUGAUGACCAAGAGGCUGGUUGAGCAGCAGCAUUGGAAGUGUUGCAAGCUUGCUGGGAUGGCUCUGAACUAAGGGGAGCAGAUUCUAAGGCCAACAAUCCGAGGGGGAGUUUGUUGGUGCAAUCCUAUGGCUUGCACUCGGCUUGUCGUCCUUGUUUGUGUGUGUGCAUGCAUGGCAUGGAAUGAAUUGUGUGUGCAGGAAGCCCCCAUCAACUCAAGAAGAAUUUAUCUUGCAGAUCCAAGAACAAGAGCUCAAGAUUACAAGCCCAAUGGACGCGGAUAAAUAUUAAAUAGUGAAAAUAGUAACGUUACUUCGUGUAGUGUUACAUUUCACUUGGUGUAGCCCCUUGGAGGGUUGGUUUCGAGACUCUUCAUGGUUGGGGACUCUCUAGUGGUGUACCACCAACCUGGACCUCGGCUCUUGGGGUAUGUAGAGGCUGGGAACCAUCUCCCUCUCGAACUCUUCUUGCUAAGUUUGUACUCCUAA